CUUAACAUGGCGUCGCUGCUGGUCGCCUCGAGCACGUAGAGGGAGCCACGGCUGUUUCUCGGUGUGUAGCGCGAGGCGAGGUUCUGUUCGCUCCCCGUCCGGUUCCCUGUAAUUACAAGCAGUCGGUGAGCAGUCGGGACGAUGAACGGUAAAUCGGCGAACGGCACGGCGGGAGGGAUGGCCUGCAUCGAGGGUCUGCCGCCGCUGCCGAAGAGCCUGAGCGGGCUGCUGAACUCGAGCGGCGGCUCGUGGAGGGACAUGGAGCGGCUGUACGUGAAGAAGACCAUGAUCCAGGACGACCUGAGCCGAGGCAGGAGCUCCGGCGACAGCCUGCUGGCCAGCAAGCCGGCCAACCUCGACGCUGCGCUGGCUCUCCUACGGAAGGAGAUGGUUGGGCUGCGUCAGCAGGACAUGUCUCUGCUGUGCCAGCUGUGGUCGCUCCACGAGUCCAUCCAGGAGUACAAGGGCAGCUGCCACGACCUGAGCGCCGCCUCCAGCCUCAGCAUGAUGGAGAACGGCUACUUUGACGAGGACGACGAGUUCUACCCGGAGCCGGGGUCCACUCCCACCGGGGAGCAGCCGGACGGAGACGUCGAGGACGGGACGACGGUAGCGUCCAAGAACGGCAGCGGCAAAGACGACAGCUGGGACUCCUUCCACGUCACCAUCUGAGGCCUCGCUCGGUGUUUUUCUGGACUCAUACUUUGUGGUGGACGGACUGGCUUGAGGAAAAGUUCACGGCUUCAGAAACCUGUGAGAAGGGAGCGUCUGGUUGGAGACGGCAGCGUUUGCUUUGUUGUUUGAGCAGAGGUGAAAAGGUCCGGCCGAACCUCGAACUUUUCCUCAGGUGAAAUAAUCAUCAGCUUGUGCUGCAGAAUCUUAUCAAACCGCCGAGACACGAGACUGAAUGUUUCGUCAAAUAAACUAAACUGGGAGACACAACUCUUUAUCAACAGCUCUGCUGCGUCUGCCAGCCUGAACCUCUCCUUUUCUACACAAAAUAUAUGAAAGUUAUUUAUUAUAUAAUAUAAACAUCAGAAAAGUCUUUUUUUCUUCUUCUUGUAAACCCUAAACCAGAGUUUUGUUUUAACCGUUCAUAACUUUUCAAAGGACAACACGAAGAACAUUUUUGGACGAGUUGAUUGAGACUAAGUAAUAAUUGUAUUUAAACCAGCAGAGAUGGACGAGAUCUUAUGAACAACCUGCGCUGUGAUGAGCUCCUGCAAACUCUUUACGUUUUAAGUUCUGCAUGUGGCACAGGAGUUCCUUCCAUUUCAGUCAUAUCCACAAUCAGAGGUUUAAAUCACAUUUCUUACAACCUGAGUGACGUUCUCGGCAUCCUUCUCGUUCAUGAUAAUGUUGGUCUCACCAAUGUUGCGAUCGAGACCUGGUUUGCAUUCGCUAGCUGUAAUGUUUUUUACAUUUCUAAAUGUAUCAGAGGAGACGUCACUGUGGCCUUUGAAUAUUUCUAACAGGAACUUGGACAGGAAACGGGGUUUUUACUUGGAUGCGUCCUCCAUCCAGGUCCUAACAGAUCUUGUCUUAGGACAAUGCCCUCUAAUGGGUCUAACAAUAACUUAAGGUAUGCCUAGACCUUUGGCUGAAGGGGACCAGCUUCCCUGUUUAAGUUUGAAGCCCCGCCCCCAUUGGUCAUUGACCUCGAUUUAAAAAAUGAAAACAACACACCAGAUAAAGUUCAUCAGGUCUCAGUGUUUCCUCUAGUUUACUUGCCUUGGCAGGGCGCUCGCGCUCAUGUCUUCCAUGAUUUUUGUCGACCAGGGUGGGGGGUGUAGACGGAGACACGUCUGUGUUGCGCGCUGUUUGUGGGAUGGGUGUGGAGACGGCUCAGCGUGAGGGAAACCAAACGCUACCUAGCUUUUUAGCUAGUGCAUCUGUAUUGCGCACAGCUAGCUAAACGCUACGUCAAUUCUGGUAGUUGUUAGCCGUGGGGGAGACGGCUCAGCGUGAGGGAAACUGAGCGCUACCUAGCUUUUUAGCUAGCACAUCUGUGUUUUGCGCACAGCUAGCUUAGCGCUACGUCUGUUCUGGCAGUUGGCGAUGGGGUGCAGGACGUUCAGUUCUGUUGACGGGUGGGGCGCCCUGCUUGUAUAUUUGUAGAGGAAACACUGGGUCUUGUUGGUUUACGUAGUUCUUACGUUGCUGCUGGAUUCUCAAGUAUUCACUUCCCAACAUGAUCAGCUGUAAUCCGUUAUUUCAUGCUUCAAAGAAAGCUCAUGCGGCGCCAUGAUUGUGUGCGAAGGAGAAGGCGGGCUUAAAGCCCCACAUUGCAAGCGCUCCGACUCUGGUCCACAAAUCCAACAUGGUAGCUUCUGUAAGCCUGGUCCUGCUGGCUUCAAGUCCCAACAACAGCACACAGGGCUUUGUCUCUUCAAGAAACUAGGUGCAGGGGUCUGCAACCUUUACCACAGAAGGAGCCAUUUUUAACACCUUUUACUAAAUAUGUACAUUAACUUGACCCUUCAUAUUAACAGUUGAUGUAUUUUUGUAGGUUUUAGGCAAAGAAAUGGUGAUUUAAACACAAAUGGAUUCAUAUUAUUUUUGGUCAUAAAUGCACUUCAGAGAGGCUGAAGAACCACACGUGACCCCAGAGCCGCAGCUUGCAGACUCCUGCUCUAAAUGAUGUCAUGCGCUCAAUAUCAGCUUGAUGAGACAUCUCGGAGGGGCUUUCCCUGCUGUAACUAACUUUCAGCAUAUCUUAAUCUGUAGCAAGUCCUGGUUAAAGUAUUUCUGAUUUGGAAACAUUUAAUGGUGAAAGAAAACAGCACGAGUAUCGUUUGUGAUAAAUCACCUGAACCAGCCUUAUUUCAGGUGCUUAAACGUCUGUGGCAGUUCGUCUCAUAUUUGAAUGUGCUGAUCUCAAUGUAGACACGGCGGAAUGAUUUGUUUUUAUUUACCUGAGAUUGUUUACUUCACAUCUGUUUGGUGAUGGAUGUGCAGCACUCAGCAUUAUUUGGUUAAAGGUGCUGAAGUAAAUGAAUGAAAUCUGAGGAAUGUCUUCAAACGUUAUUCUGCAGCUGCUGAAUUU